AGUGCUGUAGUCCGAAAUUCGCACUUCUGCAGGUCGUCUAACCAGAGCCACCGCAGGAAACAGCCGUCAUGAAGACCUUCGUUGCCAUCGCGCUCUUGUCUGCUGCCUCCCUGGCGUAUGCUGGGCCACGUUCCGCCGUGAAGACCGACUUGCCUGGCGCAACCGGUUCGUCAAGACCCAGCGGACUUAGUGGCAGCGUCGGACCUGCUGGACCUGCCGCACCUGCUGGAUUUGGCGCGCCUGGUGGCGCUGGCGGAGCUGGCGGACCUUUCGCAUUUGGCGGACCUGUCGGAUUUGGCGGAUCUGCCGGAUUUGGCGGGCCUGUUGGAGCUGGCGGACCGGUCGGACUUGGCGGAUUUGGCGGACCUGUAGGACCUGUUGGAUCUGCCGGCGCCGGCCCACAAGGUGGCAGCCCAAGCUCAAGCUUUCACGUUUUCGGUGGACCCUCCGGACCCAGCGGCGCUGGCGGAUUCCCUGUUGGUCUUGGCGGUAGUUUCCCCAGCGGUUUCCCCGGUGCCUUCGCUGGCAGUCUCCCUAGUGGCCCUAGCGGAGUAUCCCCCACUGUUUCCGGUGCUUCCCCCGCUGGCCGCCCCGGAUCUGCUGGUCCUAGCGCUGCAACCUCAGUUGGCCGGCCUGGAGCAGCAGCGGGAGGCCUCCUACCCAGCGGUGUCGUCGCUGGGGCAUGGUACCCUGGUAGCUACUAUGUAUGGCCAGCGUAUGGCCAAGCAUAUUACGGACACGGUCCCUACGGCUUUGGCUUCGGUGAUGGCUACGGUUUUGGCUUAGCUGGCGUUCCUCUUGGCGGAUACUUCUACGGUACUCCCGGAGACUACUUCGGCGAUAACGGCUACUGGGGCGGCCUCGGUGGCCAUGGUUAUGGCUACCCUGGCCAGAGUUUCUCCUGGGGCCCUCAAAGUUUUGGAAGCUUUGGAGCCUCUUCGUCUUCUGCCGGUUCUUCCGCUGGACAGGGCGCAGCAAGAAGUAGCCGUCCAGCUGCAGGAGCUGCUAGAGCUGCCCGUGCUAGCAGCGCCAGCCAAUCAGCCGCAAGGCAAUAACAAACCAAUGGGACCGUUCCUGGCCAUCCCAUAGAAGCUAAAUAUACUUUCUGCGAUUUCCUGGAAAAUAAAUUAUUUAAACAAAUUUUGCAACGCGAUAAAAUAGGCGAAUAAACAGGAUAAUCUCAUUUACUGCAGACUGAAUAAAAGAGCCCAUCUUUCAACAGAAA